AUGAAGAAAAUAGUUCUGGAAAAUCUACUAAUCAAAAAAAUACUAGAUAAUAGUGUAAGAAUAGUAAAACAGCAGUAUAUGCUAACUACCAAGAGUAGACCAAGUCAAAAGAAAACAGCCAUAAUACAUCCAGAGUCUGCAACAAUAACAAAAUAA